CAGCCAGCAAACACAUCAUUUGGUUGCUUAUUUGUGUGCAAGCUUCCCUGUUUGAAUAAAGGAGGUGCCUGGUUGGACUAUUGAACAGAAAUGAAACUUAAAACAGGGAGGAAGUCGAAGAGGAGGGACAUGCACACACUGGAUGGGAGUAAAGACAAGAAGCAGACCGAAACCUGUGAGAAGGGAGCAUCUCAGUAACCUGAAGACAUGGCCUCCAGCUCACCCAGCAAGCCCUGCUCAUUCGAGAAGCAUUUAACCUGCGUCAUUUGUAUUGAACCAUUUACCGAGCCUGUCACUACAGCUUGUGGCCACUCCUUCUGCAACUCAUGCCUACAAAGCCAUCUUAAAUUUCUGUCCAGCGAGUGUCCCCUUUGCAAAACCCAUAUCAACAAAACUCCUACUGUGAAUAUAGUGCUCAGAGAUUUAACCCAGCAGCUGAAGGAUGCAGUAAUUGUUGAAGAUCCUGACAAAGUGGCUUGUGACAUCUGCUUGGGACCAAAACGGAAGGCUGAGAAGUCCUGCCUUGUGUGUCUGGCCUCAUAUUGUUCAAUCCACCUGCAGAAUCAUUAUUUAGCUGAAAGGUUGAAGGGCCACAAGCUGGUGGAGCCUGUAGAGAACUUGGAUUUAAGGGCCUGUCUGACACAUGGACGUACCUUUGAGCUGUACAGCAGGAAGCAGCAGAAGUGUAUCUGUAUCCGAUGUGUGGAAGAAGGUCAGGAGGAAGUUGUCUCGGCUGAAGACGAAUGGCACAAGAAGAAGUCUCAGCUUGAAGACACCAAGACGGAGUUACAACAGGAAAUUAAGAAGAGGCAAACUAAACUGGAUGAGAUAAAUGCUGCUCUAAAGACUUGUAAGGACCACCUGGAAAACGAGUGGUGGGACAUUGAGGCCGUGUUCAGAGCCGUGCUUGCCAUUUUGGAGACUGCCCAGGAGAAAGUGCUGAAGCCGCUGGGAGACAGGAGACAGCUGUUGGAAAAAGAAGCAAAAGACCUGAAAGAUGAGCUGGAAGCUGAAAUCAACAAACUCGAGAAGAUGAUUUCUGACUUGGACGACAUAUCUGUGCUAGAGGAUCACAUCCUUUUCUUACAAAGGUACCCGUCUGUUAUAGUCCAGGAUGACAUGAGGGACUGGACUAAGGUGGAGCUUGACACGUCUCUGUCUUUUGGCACCAUGAAAAAAACCACAACAACAAUGAUGGAAAGGAUUCAACAGGAACUGGAGAAGCUGGCCUGCAUCGAACUUGAGAGACUCACAAAGUUUAAAGUUGAAGUGCAGCUGGAUCGGACCACUGCGCACCAGCGCCUCGUUGUUUCUGAUGAUGGGAAAGAAGUGAAAGAUGGAGGAGAGGACCAGAACGUGGAGGAGGAUCCUGAGAGGUUCAGUCAUUUCGGCAGUGUCCUGGCGAUCAACAGCUUCACCUCUGGGAAAUCAUACUGGGAAGUCGAGGUCAACAAGAAAACCGGGUGGGAUCUAGGUGUGGCGAGAGGCGACGCCAACCGCAAGGGGAAGCUCACGCUGAGCCCAGAUAAUGGUUACUGGGUUCUGGUCCACUAUGAGGAGGAGAACUACGCAGCCAUGACAGCACCACCAAUUCGUCUUUCUCUGAAAGAGAAACCUACUAAAGUGGGGGUGUUGGUGGACCACAAGAAAGGUCUCGUCUCCUUCUACGAUGUGACGGCUCGGUCUCACAUCUACUCAUUCACAAACUGCUCCUUUAAAGACCAGCUUUACCCAUAUUUCAGUCCACAUAUGAGGCAAGAUGAGAAAAACUCUGAGCCUUUGGUUAUUACUGCUGGGAAAGAUUUUGAAAAGUCAUUGGAGGAAGAAUGGAGACGUCUGUGCUCCAUAUCUAUGUACACGGAGACUCCGACUGCUUCAGCAGUCAGACCAAAGAAGAGACACCAGUGGGCUCAGACACCGUCACAGGUGGAAAGAUCAGUCAGAGAGCAGCCAUCAUCUCCACCUGUGGUCCUGCCGAGGAAGAAAGAUGCUCCUGCAUACGUGACAGAGAGAUCUGAGAGGUUUUCUGUGCAAGAAAUUCAGAAUAUGUUACAGAGAAAGAAUAAGAUGAGAGAAGACAACAGUGACAUCAAACCACCGGGGCUGGGCAGUGAGCUUUUACGCCCCAACCUGAAGACGCUAAACCAGACCAUCAACUGCAGGAUUUCCCUGCUGCUGAGCAGGCAGAGCAUCAUCAUCAACAUUUUCAGAUUACAAUAUUUAAAUUUGGGCUUUUUCUCAAAUAUAUCUUUUCCCAACAGGAGCUUUGAGACGAAUCAGAUCUGUAGGAACUUCCAAAGUCCAAGGAAGAUAUUCAACAUGAGCCUCCAGGUUUGCGGCUGCGGUUGGUCCAAAGUGACUUCCUACCAGGGUCUGAGGAUCCACCAGGGGAAGAACGGAUGCACUCCAAAGGGAAUGAGGAUCCCUGAAAAUCAGCAGCUCAGUUUUUUACCCCAAAUUAGUUACCAACCUACUCCAAUUACCCUACAAGAACCUUUUGUGGACAUUUUCAAGAGUUCAGUGAAGUUUGACUCUACGUCAGAGAUGAGCCUACAGGUUUGCCACUGCGGAUGGUCCAAAGUGACUUCCUACCAGGGCCUGAGAAUUCAUCAGGGGAAGAAGGGAUGCACUCCGAAGGGAAUGACGAUUCCAGAGAGUGAACAGUACAUCUCGAGAAAUCUGUGGGAAGAGACUCAGAAGGACUACAGGCCGUUAAUCAGCAUUCCUGUCAAGGAGGAGCAGGGCAGUGUGAUGGCGGUGUCACAGAUCUUUUCCACAAACAUGAAUCCUCCUGCUACACAAACCCCUGUGAAGGAGACACACAGAUCAUUGUUUGAGACUCCAAUUCUCUCUCCUCAAACCCUCUUUAUGAGCUCGGACAAAGCUCGUCGAGCCCUGGACUUCUCAACUGGAGCAAAGAUGGAUCAUCUUUGGGAGCCUCCAACAGUCACAGCUCAGGAACCAGCGAUCUCUCUAAAGGAGAAACAAAAGAAGGAAGAAAGGGAGGCUGAAAAGCUGCUACAGGACAUGAUGAGGGCCAAGCUACAGCGGAAAAUUCACACCAGAGAGCUAAAGAUGGCUGAGAUCAGAUCAUCUGCAAAAUCCUUCAAGGCCAGUUUGUAUUCUGAAUGGCUGGAGAUCAACAGUGUUUUCUCAGAGGUGAUGAGCAUAGUGGAGGAUGCUCGGCAGAAAGCUCUUAAGCCUUUGGAGAAGAGAUGGCAAAAAAUGAAAAAAGAAGCACAAGAUCUGGUGCAGAAGCUGCAGAGUGAAAUUGACAAACUCAAAAGUAGCAUUGAUGAAGUGGACAAAAAUACAGACUUGCAGGUUUCUCUGCUACCAAGCCUGCAUGAAUCAACAGGUUGGGAAAAUCUAAAUGUUGACGCUUCAGUGUCCUUUGGUACCCUGAGAGCAACAACCUCCACCAUGGUGAAAGAAAUCCAGCAGAAACUGGAAAACCUCUCUUUGCUUGAGCUCAAGAGGAUUCAGAGAUUUGCAGUGGAUGUAAAGUUGGACUCGGUCACUGCACAUCAGUGCCUUGAUCUGUCUGAUGACCUGAAGACAGUGAGGGAUGGUGGAAAGAAGCCAAAAGGUCCUGAUGCCCCGGAGAGGUUUGAUAUGUUCGGCAGUGUCCUAGGACUCAAUAUCUUCACCACUGGAAAGUCAUACUGGGAGGUGGAGGUCAACAACAAAACUGGGUGGGAUUUAGGUGUGGUACGACGCAGUGCUGGUCGCAAGGGCAUGCUCACAGUGAACACAGAUAAUGGUUACUGGGUGACUGUGCAUUAUGAAGGCAAAAGGUACGCAGCCCUGACAGUACCUCCAGUCAGCCUUUCUUUGAAAGAGAAACCUCAGAAAGUGGGGGUGUUUGUCGACUAUGAGGAAGGCCUUGUGUCCUUUUAUGAUGUGACGGCUCAGUCUCACAUAUACUCGUUUACUGACUGUUCAUUUGACGAUAAGAUUGUCCCAUACUUCAGCCCACAUCUCAAAGGAAAUGAGAAAAAUGCUGAUCCUCUGAUUAUCUCUGUGAUGCACAAUCAGUAGUGGCUCUAAGGUAUGUGAUAUUUGCACCAAUAAAUACAACAUAUACCUGUCAUAUGCAGAGUCUGGUGCAAUAAAUAUUCAUGGUUUUAUUAUUAUACAUUUUUUCACAUUUCAUUUUUUAUAUUUAUACAUAAUAAUUAUAAUAAAACUUAUGACAAUUUUGAUAUUAAGCUCAAGAAAAAAUCCAACAGAAAAUAUACCAAAGAAUGAUUUUGUGUUAGUGAUUUUUUUUUUUAUACAAGCUUUGUAAUAUUUUUUGAUUUUGAAACAAUUUGUGAGAUUGCGUUAUCUUUGGAGUGACCUAGCACAAUAAAAAUAAAUUAUUAAAAAUUAAAAAAUCCCACACCAAGUUUAAUUUGCUCAUUUGCUUCAUCUGCUUCCUGUUAGUUGUCUUCAGUGUAUAUAUGCCCUUUGGUUUCAGUAACCCUUUCAUCCAGAUCAUCGUUGUGUUUCCC